UGGCCUCUUUGAUUCCUGGUGUACCCGCUCGGUUGUCAUAGUAACCUUACCCUAGACUCCCCUCACCCCUUUGUGGUUGAUGGAACCCCUAAACCUUUGGUCCCUGCACCAGGAAGAGGUUGCUAAGGUAACCCAAGUCCCCGGUGGUCCUUCUGCCCUGGCCUCUCACUGGUUACCAUGGCAAUCUCACCUAGCCUCAGGUAGAAAGGGUACACCUCCCCAACACCCCACCACCACCAAGGAUAGGGGUCAUAAGGAAAACCCGCUUUCCUCGGUCCCCCUCCUCUCCUUCCCAGCAGCAUUGCCAUGGUUACCAUCUCCCCCCUUUCCCAUCAGGGAGGGCAAGGGAACAAGCCAGCCAGGUGUCUUUCUUUAGAGGAGAUGCUCUGCUAAAGGACGGUUGCUAUGGAUACAGGGCCUGGACUAUCCUUAGGGAAGUGAGGCAAGGCCAAACUCGGGUUUCUAUGGCAAUGGGGCCAGACCCCCUUGCCAUGACCCUUGGAGGCCGCCCACCGAGGCAGGGGGUGGGCAGGCUGGUGUCUGAGGGUGGAGUGUGUCUCAGGCAGGAUUGCCAUGGUAACCACUGCUGUCACAGCCCCGCCUUUCUGGACACUGAGGGGCGGUUUGAGGUGAACUGACAACCUUUUCUCACAUGUCUGAGCCUGGGGGGUCGCAGGGUAGGAGUUUCUAGGAUUUUCAGAGCCACAGCGCUCGAACCUUCUGGUCCCCCUUUUUGUAGGUCAGCGCCCAUUGUGCUGGGUUAUGCAAAAUGGGCUGAUUGGGUCUUUUCUGGUUCUCAUUUCUUAGCCCUGCAGCUGAUCUGGGCUGGAAGCAGAUCCCCGGAGGUCCACCAGCCGGCUCCCUAGGAGGGUGCCCACCAAAGGGCCUAGAUCGGCUCCAUGCGGCUCACCCGCUGCCAGGCUGCCCUGGCGGCGGCCAUCACCCUCAACCUCCUGGUUCUCUUCUACGUCUCUUGGCUGCAGCAUCAGCCUCGGGGCGCACGAGCCCGGGGGCCCCGCCAUGGAUCCGCAGCCGGCCCCCGCGUCACCGUGCUGGUGCGAGAGUUCGAAGCCUUUGACCACGCGGUGCCGGAGCUGGUGGCCUCGUUCCUACAGCUGGACCCGGCCCAGCCGGUGUUGGUGGCCGCCGACACGCUGCCUUACCCGCCGCUGGCCCUGCCCCGCGUCCCCAACGUCCGCCUGGCGCUGCUGCAGCCCGCCUUGGACCGGCCUGCCGCCGCCUCACGCCCUGAGACAUAUGUGGCCACCGAGUUUGUAGCUCUGGUGCCCGACGGGGUGCGGGCUGAGACCCCCGGGCAGCUGGAACACAUGGCGGACGUGCUGCGGACCGGGGGCGCACGCCUGGUGGCUGCACCUGUGGCCUCCACCAACCCAGCACGGUGCCUGGGUUUGAACGUAAGCGUGCGCGAGUGGACGGCGCGCUACAGCACCACCCCGGCCGCCGGCCGCUGCGACGCCCUGGACGGGGACGCAGUGGUGCUGCUGCGGACCCGUGACCUCUUUAACCUCUCGGUGCCCCUGGCGCGUCCCCUGGCCAGCGGCCUCUUCCUGCAGACUGCACUCCGCGGCUGGGCCGUGCAGCUGCUGGACACGUCCUUCGCCGCAGCGCGCCAACCCCCGCUGACCACGGCCCACGCGCGCUGGAAGGCGGAGCGCGAGGGACGCUCGCGACGGGCGGCGCUGCUGCGGGCGCUGGGCAUCCGCCUCGUCACCUGGGACGGCGGGCGGUCCGAGUGGUUUGGCUGCAGCAAGGAGAGCCCACGCUGCUUUGGCACCGUGGUGGGGGACACGCCUGCCUACCUGUACGAGGGGCGCUGGACGCCACCCUGCUGCCUGCGGGCCCUGCGUGAGACCGCGCGCUACGUGGUGGGCGUCCUGGAGGCGGCGGGCGUGCGCUAUUGGCUGGAGGGCGGCUCGCUGCUGGGGGCGGCCCGGCAUGGCGACAUCAUCCCGUGGGACUACGACGUGGACCUGGGCAUCUACCUGGAGGACGUGGGCAACUGCGAGCAGCUGCGUGGGGCCGAGGCGGGCUCAGUGGUGGACGAGCGCGGCUUCGUGUGGGAGAAGGCGGUGGAGGGUGACUUCUUCCGCGUGCAGUACAGCGAGAGCAACCACCUACACGUGGACCUGUGGCCCUUCUACCCGCGCAACGGGGUCAUGACCAAGGACACGUGGCUGGACCACCGGCAGGACGUGGAGUUCCCGGAGCACUUCCUGCAGCCCCUGGUACCCCUGGCCUUCGCUGGCUUUGUGGCGCAGGCGCCCAAUAACUACCGUCGCUUCUUGGAGCUCAAGUUCGGGCCCGGGGUUAUCGAGAACCCCGAGUACCCCAACCCGGCGCUGCUGAGUUUGUCCGGAAGCGGAUGAAGGCCCCAACGCACUGUGUCUGGCGGGGAGGCACGAGGAACCCAGCCAGCGAUAGGAUGCGUGCAGCUUUGACAGGAGGUGAGAACUUAGGGACUGAAGCCACGUCUAUUGGACCUUCUGGUCCUGCCCACUGUGUUUGAUGGGUACCGAUGUGGUUCCCAGCAAUCCACGAUGACAUGGGUGAACAGACCAUGGAUCAGGUCAAGUGGCCCUGCAAAACCUAGCACAGCCCUGGACCUCGAAGUCGUGCCCUGCCCCUGAUUUCCGAGACCCUGGGGGCCGAUACAGGGGCCAGAGGUUGGCAAGAGUGGGAGUCUGGUUCUGGGACCAGCCAGGUGGGGCUGCCAGUCUCGGCUGGGCUUCAGUAUCCCCCAGAACCUCUGGUCGCCGUGUGCGCUGCGUCCAGCAGAGGGCGCACUGGUCCCGCUCCGGGUCCCAAGAGGAACCAGAGCCUGGAAGUCGCCCGAGCUUCGGGGCUUCUCGCAGCCCUGUGCUUCCUGGAGAGCCAGGACGACCCUCUCCCCUUGUCUUCCAGAAUGCCACCUGUGUCCCUCCUGCAGGAGCCCCACCAAGCGCCCGCUGUGGUUAAGCACUGGGUCUGGAGGCAGACCCUCCUUUGCAACCCUUACCUCAAGUUAGCUCUGCCUUGCCAGAGGUGCUUAGCACUAACCAGAGCUGGCCUUCAGGGAGCUCAAAGCCAGGUGUGGUUCCUUGUUUCCUGUGGAUGCUUCGGUUCUGCCCUCACCUCCAUUUUCCUGCGGAGAGCUGCAAGCCUUUCCAUUUUAUAGACAGGGCAAACUGAGGCCAGAAAGGGAAUAUCACUUGCCAAGGCUCUGCCCUCUUUGGUUAUGGCAGGUGGGCAGCCAUCUCCCCCGGGCAAUUGUGCACCUGCUUUAGGGCCCGUUUCCUCAGUACAUAUUAUUUAUUUCUGUUGACAGGCGUAACUGUCAGACUGUGUGUGUUGUGAGACUUAAGUUAUUUUCAAAUAAAAUAUUAAACAUCAAAUAAUAAAAUCAAAUAAAAUAAUAAA